CUGUAUCCAGUCUAAAAAUCGGUACCAAGUUAAUGAUAUUUUAAAGCUCCUACGUUUUCAUACUUACGGUUUCAUCUUUUUUCCCAGGUGUUACUUGGAAGAUGGAGCUUCCAAAGGUGCCUGGCUGAAUAGGUCGAGUAUUAUUUUUGCUGGAAGCGAUAAGUGGUCAGUAGAUCCUCGAGUCUCAAUCGCAACAGCGAACAGAAGAGAAUACAGCCUGCAGAUACAGGACGUAGACGUGACGGAUGACGGUCCGUACACUUGCUCUGUGCAAACUCAACACACUCCGAGAACGAUGCAGGUGCACUUAACUGUACAAGUUUCUCCGAAGAUAUUCCGUAUUUCGAGUGACAUCGUUGUGAACGAAGGAAGCAAUGUUACUCUGGUGUGCCUGGCCACGGGGAAGCCAGAGCCUUCCAUCUCUUGGAGACACAUCUCCCCAUCUGGUAAGUGCAACUAUCCAUCACUUGGAGCUUUCUGUGACGUUUCACCAGUAGCAGGGGAUGAAGGUUGGUGGCUUCUUUCUGGCAGGGUCUGUUACGAUGAGUCAUCAGCACCCAGAAUCCUUCGAGGCGAGGAAUAUGAUGUUCACAUUGGUGGUUUCUUCUUCCUCCCUUUAGGAUCUAUUCGGGGUCAUUUUGAAGUGUUUGCUAUCGCGCUUUUACACUUUU